AUGGCAGGCCUGGGUUGCUGGAGCUGGCUGUGCCUGCAGCUCCUGGUGCUAAUUAGGUGUGAGGGAGUCGAGCAGGAGGAGCGUGGUGUCCGGAUCGUCGGUGGGCACCCGCUGUCGCCAAACACCGUCAAGUACAUCGUCUCCCUGCAGAGCACCAAGAGGCAGCACUUCUGUGGGGGGUCGCUGGUGCACACGCGCUGGGUGCUCACAGCAGCACACUGCAACAUCGGGGUGGAGAACAUGUUGGUUGUGGCGGGGGAGCACUUCCUGGAUUUGGCAGACGGUACGGAACAGUACUUCAAACCACAGCGCCUCAUACCACAUCCAUCCUAUGACCAGUUCACCAAAAACGCCGACAUCAUGCUCAUUAAGCUGGGCAAGCCUGCGUUGCUGAACAAUUUUGUGUCCCUGGUCCCACUGCCCCGUCAGGACGAGGGGGUGUUGGAGGGGCGCAUGUGCCAGGUGUCGGGGUGGGGGUACACUAGUCACAAGAGUGGGCACCUCUCCCCCACCCUGCACAGCGCCACCCUGCCCGCCAUCUCCAUCGCCCGCUGCAACAGCAGCCAGUCCUUCAGUGGCAACAUCACCAGCAGCAUGAUGUGCGCUGGGUACCACACCGGGGGCAGAGACGCCUGCGAGGGUGAUUCUGGCGGCCCACUGGUGUGUGAGGGGCGACUCCAUGGUGUUGUCUCCUGGGGCAACGGCUGCGGCGACGCCAAGUUUCCAGGAGUGUACACAUCCGUGGCAAAGUUCCGCCGGUGGAUCGACCGGACCGUCUACAGUUCCUUCUCACGUUGCUUUAAGUAUUGACCACACACAGUGUCCAUCUUAUCCUUUGUUCAGUCAAAAAGUACCUAUUCAUUUUUAUGUCUAUGAGAGACAUUGUGACAAUUGUUACAUUGAUUUGUCUCUAUAAACUUUGUCUGUUUUUUAAUCAUUUAGAGGUAAUCAUCUGUGUGAUAUUUAAUGUUGCAAUUCUAAGGGCCAAAGCCUGUCUGAGGAGAGAGAAUGUGGUUCGGCUCUGGCUUUUGGAGUUUUAUUAUGGAAUAUGCUCAUGUCUUAAAUAUUUCUAAUGGUGCUGGAGAAUCUUUAUGGAAUUAAUGGAAAAUGAUUUGAGGCAUAAAUAGAUGGAAUGUUUUAAGUCAACAUCAACACAGGAAAUAAUGCAGUGGGACAGGACUGAAAUAGAUAAAUUAAUUCAUAACACACACACACACACGUGUACAUUCUUGUGCACACACUUUCACACACGUGUAGCCUACAUACUUGUGCACACACACAUACCUACACAUUGCAAUCUAGACUACAGCUUAGUGUUUAACUUUGCUCUGUAAGAUCUGAUGGCCUUAAUGUCCACCUGUGAGCUUGUCAUAGAUCCUCGUUAGGUCCAGUGGGACUAGGUGUGUCCCAGCUUCUGGCCUCGGUGCAGACUAUCUCUGGUUUCAGAGACUUUCCUCAAUGCCACCUGUAAACCGAUAGCAGCGUCAUAGACCUGAACUACAUUUACUGCAGAUUCACACUAACCUAUUCCUGUCUAUAGGCCUACCUUUCAUAACGUUUCAUAACAGCUUUUUAAUCCACUCAUGUCCCCCUAAAGAGGUGGUUUCAGAGCCGAGCUUUAAAACAUCACAACAAUGGGACCCCUCCCCAUCUGAAAAGCUAAUGUUACCACCAGCGGACAUCUUAAAGGGAUUUGAUUGCAAUGUUUAGGGUGUUACGCGUGACAAAUGGCGUGACAACGUCAAAGUAACACCUAAACAGAAGCAGUCGUCUAUUCCCAAAGGAAUUUUUCAGUAUUGUUUUCAGAAUGUAUGAAACUUUUAUAUAUUAGAGUUAUUGUGCUAUUGCAGCUUUGUGGAUUUAAGAGUGCAUAUGGUGUGUUUGACAUUUAGAGGAAGGCGCACAAAAGAUGGAUUAUUUUGAUUAGUGAGCAUCACAAAGGCAGCCACAAAGUCUGAUGCUAUUGUGUAUUGCAUUAAUCUGUCACCCAUGUCAUGGACACGGCCACAGAGUUGUAUUCAGAAGUACUGAAUUAAAUCUCGAAACACCGCCCCCUGUCGUUGAUAGUCUGCAGUCGCAAGCAUAUCGAACAUCAAAUGGGAAUUUCCCACAUUGUAAUUCUGGUCAUUUUCGUGAGUGUAUAGUCUAUGUGGGCAAGUCGUGAAUAAUGAAUUUAUUAAAUAAAUAA